AUGGUGGAAGGAGAGUGCGAUGCUGUGGAUCUGAAUUUGGGCUGUCCCCAGCGCAUCGCAAGGAGAGGGGGCUAUGGAGCAUUCCUGAUGGAUGACCUGAGCAGUGUGGAGAGCAUUGUCUCAACUCUUGCACAGGGUCUGUCAAUUCCUGUGACUUGCAAAAUCAGAGUAUUCCCUGAUCUGGAGAGGACAUUGGAAUAUGCCCGCAUGCUGGAACGUGCGCAAUGUGCCAUGCUUGCUGUGCACGGAAGGACACGAGACCAGAAAGAUAACAAUGCCACAAGGGCAGACUGGGAUGCCAUCAGCGCUGUGAAGAAUGCCGUCACCAUUCCUGUGCUGGCCAAUGGGAACAUCCGGGAUCUAGAGGAUGUUCGCAGAUGCUUGGAAUACACUGGGGCAGAUGGUGUGCUGUCUGCACAGUCUCUUUUGGAGAAUCCUGCCCUCUUUGAUGAGAAAUGUUUCCAGCUGGACAGCACAGCAGAUCCAUUGAGAGGAUGUCGCUUGUUGCGAGAGUACUUGCAACUGGCAGUGCAACAUCCUGUACCAAACAGAAUGAUGAAGACACAUGUGUACCGUCUUCUGGGGGACUGGUUUUCAGAGUUCACAGACAUUCGAGAGCAGCUCAAUCGUGACAGGAGCUCAUCAUUUCAAGAAUGCUUGAAUUUUCUCUCGUCGAUUGCAGACGCCGUUGAACGACGAAUAGCUGCAUCUGGUCGUGACCAUCCCAUACCAGUGCCCAUAGAACGGAAGUCUGCGAUUGAGCGUCAGGAGAGGAUACAAGCAGCCAGAGAGGAACAACGCAGGGAAGAAGAGAGCCUAGCUGAAAUUGGUGUCAAAGUCCAGUAG